AUGUCCGUUCAAUUCUCUGUUGAAGAGGUCUGGGACCAAUUGUCAACCGACGACAAAAUCAAAUUUCUUUCUUUGGAUGAUACUUGGCAUAUUCAUUCCAUUGAAAGGCUUCACAUCCCUGCCAUUCGUCUAAGUGAUGGCCCAAAUGGGGUUCGUGGAUCAAAAUUCUUCAGAGGUACUCCUUCUGCAUGCCUCCCAUGCGGUACAGGUCUCGGCUCCACCUGGGAUAAGGAGCUACUUCAAAGAGCCGGUAAACUAAUGGCUGAAGAAGCUAAACAUAAGGGUGCCCAUGUAAUCUUAGGACCCACUGUUAACAUUCAAAGAGCUCCAAUUGGAGGACGUGGCUUUGAAUCAUUUGGAGAAGAUCCUUAUCUCUCUGGAUGGUGCGCUGCCAGUGUUAUCAAGGGUAUUCAGAGUAAAGAAAUUUCUGCUACAAUCAAGCAUUUUGUCUGCAACGAUAUGGAAGAUGACCGUACUUCCUUCAGUGCUUUGGUUACUGAGAGAGCACUUCGAGAAGUAUAUUUAAUGCCUUUCCAGCUCGCCAUUAAGUAUGCCAACCCCUGGUCUAUAAUGACCUCUUACAACAAGGUCAACGGAACUCAUGUCUCUGAAAAUAAGUUUCUUCUUACCGAUAUUCUCAGAGAUGAGUGGCAUUACAAUGGACUACUUAUGUCUGAUUGGUUCGGAGUCUACUCUUCUGAGAAUUCUAUUAAUGCUGGACUUGAUCUUGAAUGUCCAGGCCCUGCGGUUAGCCGGAAAUUCGAUUCCAUCAAGCACCAAAUUACCUCCAGAGAGCUUAAACUUUCUGCCAUCGACAAGAGAGCUAAACACGUGUUGAAAUUCAUUGAGAAUGCCCAGCAUUGCUCUGUUUCGAAGAACGGCAAGGAAGAUACUUUGAACAAUACCCCAGAGACUCAGAAACUACUUAGGGAAAUCACCCAGAGUGGAAUUGUUCUACUCAAGAAUGAUGAUAGCAUUCUUCCAUUGGCGAAGAAUGAUGAUAUUGUCAUUAUUGGCCCUAACGCUAAGUCAGCUAGAACUUCUGGGGGUGGAUCGGCCUCGUUGACUCCUUAUUAUGAGACAAACGUUUAUGAUUCGAUAUGUCAUCUAUUAGGCGAGAAGAAGACAUAUGCAUUGGGUUGUUCCAUAGAUAAAGGUGCUGGUGAUCUUGGUAAAAAUGUUGUUUCGGGUUCCCAUAAGGGAUUUGACAUCAGAGUGUUCAAGGAACCUCCAGAAACUGCCAACAGAACUCUCAUCGAGCAGUUCUACAUUGAGAGUUCCAUGCUAAAGUUGUUCGACUAUCAGCCUGUAGAGGAUUCUGAAUUAUUCUACAUGGAUAUGGACGGUGAAUUUACACCAGAGACUUCUGGGGAAUACACCAUUUCCGAAAAAUGCUUUGGUUCCGCCUUAGUUUAUCUUGAUGGUAAGAUCUUGAUUGAUGACAAGACAGAUCAAGUGUUAGGGGGUGAUGCAGAUGAAGUUACUAGUGUGGGAUAUAAAAAGAAGGUUCAAUUUAAGGCUGGACAGACUUACAAAUUCCACCUUGAGUUUGGUUCGGCCCCAACCUUCCCAUUUCAAUCAGAAGAUCUCACCUCCAUGAAUGGUGGCGGUUCCAUCUAUGUAGGACUUAUGCUAGAUUAUGAUGAGGAACGUUUUAUUGCCGAUGCUGUUGCCAAGGCAAGCAAGGCAAAUACUGUGAUCCUCUGCACCGGUAGCUCGAAACAGUACGAAUCUGAAGGUUUCGAUAGGAAGAACAUGGAUCUUCCAGGUUUGCAGGAUAGACUUGUUCAAGAGAUUCUUAAGGUUAACAGUAGAGUUAUUUUGGUCAACCAAUCGGGUACGCCCGUUACUCUUCCUUGGAUAGAGAAAGUUCCUGCCUUUGUUCAAGCCUGGUUUGGCGGAUGUGAAUCUGGUAAUGCAAUUGCUGACAUUAUUUACGGUCUAGCUAAUCCUUCCGGUAAGCUCUCUCUUACUUAUCCAAAGAAACUUGAAGACAAUCCGGCUUUCCUUACCUACAAGUCGAAUAAUGGUGAAGUGGUCUACGGAGAAGAUGUUUUCGUUGGCUACAGAGCCUACGAAAAGACCAGAAGAGAACCCGCUUUCCCAUUCGGAUUUGGUCUUUCUUAUACAUCCUUCAAGUUUACUGACUUGAAAGUGGCUUUGGCCGGAGAUGACCUCCAUAUUACGGUUAAAGUAACAAACACGGGGGCUAGAGCCGGAUCGGAAGUUGUCCAGGUUUAUGUCGCACCACAGACAGAAGUGUCUGUUGAGAGGCCCGUUAAGGAGUUGAAGGGAUUUGAUAAGGUUCAUUUGCAACCUUCGGAGUCUGCUAGCGUUACCGUCACUAUUCCCUACCUUUACGCUUCAUCCUACUACAACGUCGAUGAGAAUAGCUGGUGUGCACAGAAGGGUGAUUACAAUGUUCUCGUUGGAGAUUCAUCUCAGGGACCAUUUGUCGAGGAGAAUUACACCUUGUCGACUACAAAGAACUGGUCCGGAAUUUAA